UGCAAAAAAUGGGCCGACGUUAUUAUUGCGAUUAUUGCGACAAAACUUUCAUCGACGUUUUAGAAGCUAGAAAAAAGCACCUGCAGAGCGCUCAUCAUAUUAAAAUGAGAAACUUGUAUUACGAAGAGAAUAGAGAUCCCGCCACAAUAUUAAGAGAAGAGCUUCUUAAGACACCGUGUCGGAAGUUUGCACAAUACGGCACGUGCCAAUUCGAGGGCAACUGCAAAUAUACUCACUAUUCUCCGGAGCAAUUGUGUGAGCUGAGGCAACAGGUUGAAUACAUGGAAUUAAUGAAGAGAAAAAAAGAGGAAGCAUUGCCUGAUAUACCAUCAUUGGAUUCCUGGGUAGAGAAAUAUGACAAAAUAAGUGAAAAAGAUGAUGUUGUUCACACGCCUUGGAGCUACCCUGACGCAUUGGAGUUCAGGCAGGAUCUGCCACCCUCAUUGGUCAAGUUCAAAGCAGAACAUUUUCACGAUGAGAAUUUCGAAGAAUGGGGCAUGUGAU